UAAUUUUGUUGAGAUUAAAUAAGAUUAUUAAUUGAUUUUUUCGUCUCAUUUUAUUUAGGCGAAUAUGGUCGAAAACUUUUUUGCGGCAUUAAUAUUGUGAUAACCGAUUUUUUACUUUGUGGCAUUGUACAACCAAUAGCUGCUCUAAUCGCCGUACUUGGUAGUCCUUUCAUUGCGUUUAUUAUUCUCAUCUAUGCUCUCAUUCACCGAUGUUCGCGUGGCAUGUACGAUACGAUUAUGUUUCAAGUACUUGUUAAACGUCUUGCACGUAUACCGGCACAUGAUAGUUUUCUUGCUCGGCGUACGGCUGGUCCUGGUUUAGCAUCACAAUAUUUUUAUCAAGUAUCAUCACCUGAAGUACUCGCUGCAUUGGAAGCAUUAAUUGAACAAAAUGAAUUGAAAGUUUUUGAAAAUUAUGUUCAACAAAUACUCAUGAAACCAAUCGAAGACUACCAACAAUUCUUCGAUAAAGCUUUUCGUCCAUUUUCGGCUGUUGUUCAAUCGGGAAGCUCGUAUUCCAUCUAUCAAGACAUGACAAAUAAGGUGGCCGAACACAAGGAACAACUUCAGAAGGCCGUUCAAAAGUGA